UGCUGGAACUCAGUCAUGCUCAUAGAUGGUAAAGAAGAGGCGGUAAAAUCCUGCCUGUCUCCGUCAGAGAUGAAGGGCCAGGUGUUCUGUUACAGCUCCAGAAAUGUGUCCAAGAGAAACUGCUGCUUCACUGAUUUCUGCAACAAUGAGACGCUACACCUGUACCCAGAGAGAACCUCUGAGAGCCCAGGUUGGGGCAAACUACAGCUGGCAGCUGUCAUCUUGGUGCCCUCUUCUCUGUUAUGUAUGGGCAUUUUGCUGGGAGUAUGUGUUGUUCAGAGCCAUCGAUGUGCCCACACCAACGCCCACAAACAGGACGCGGAGGAGCCGCUGGAUGACCAGACCCUCAUGUCCCCAGAGAAGAGCCUAAAGGACCUGAUCUUUGACAUGAGCACCUCAGGAUCUGGAUCUGGCCUACCGUUGCUGGUUCAGCGGACCAUUGCCCGGACCAUCGUCCUGCAGGAGAGCAUUGGAAAGGGCCGUUUCGGUGAGGUGUGGCGGGGUAAAUGGCGGGGGGAGGACGUGGCGGUGAAGAUCUUCUCCUCUCGAGAUGAACGCUCGUGGUUCCGCGAGGCCGAGAUCUACCAGACCAUCAUGCUUCGGCAUGAGAACAUACUGGGCUUCAUUGCAGCCGAUAACAAAGAUAACGGAUCAUGGACUCAGCUGUGGCUGGUGUCGGAGUACCAUGAACACGGCUCUCUCUUCGACUACUUGAACAGAUACACCGUCUCUGUGGAGGGGAUGAUCGUUCUGGCCUUGUCCAUUGCUAGCGGCCUCGCACACCUACACAUGGAGAUCAUUGGCACACAGGGAAAACCUGCCAUUGCUCACAGAGACAUAAAGUCCAAAAACAUUCUGGUGAAAAAGAACGGCACAGCGGUCAUCGCUGAUCUGGGCCUGGCCGUAAAACACGACUCCAGCACCAACACCAUCGACAUCCCAUCCAAUAACAGAGUGGGGACCAAGAGGUACAUGGCUCCUGAAAUACUGGAUGACUCAAUCAACAUGAACAGCUUUGAGUCCUUCAAACGAGCUGACAUUUAUUCCCUUGGCCUCGUCUUCUGGGAACUGGCGAGGAGAUGUUCUGUACGAGGAAUCCAUGAAGAUUUCCAGUUGCCUUACUAUGACGUGGUGCCUUCAGACCCUUCAGUGGAGGAUAUGAGGAAAGUGGUGUGUGAUCAGAAAGUGAGACCGAACAUUCCAAACCAGUGGCAAAGCUGUGAGGCACUGAGAGUGAUGGGUAAACUCAUGCGGGAGUGCUGGUACGCCAACGCUGCCGCCAGACUCACGGCUCUACGCGUCAAGAAGACCAUCUCUCAAGUCACUGUGGUAAAGGACAUCAAAGACUAGCCUAGCUCACCACUGAAAGGAAACUGACGACCUUUCCCACACGCCGACAGUGACUCAGACUCAGCCCCCCUGCUUUUGUUUGCAAUGCCAAAGAUGAUGGAGUUACUAAAGGAACUUUAUGGGGAUGUAAGCUAAUGGAUUCUCUGUUUCUCUCCUGUUAGGCAGAGAUGUACAGA